GCCGCCCUCGCGCGGCCUCGCGCGCCCUCGCGCAGAUGCGAGAAAAGUGGAAAAAGUCCUGUGUUUCAGAAAGAUACAGUCUUCCUCUGUUCUUCCGUUCACCGCGCAUUCAGCUCUCUUUCUUCUGAGACGUUCUGUCCUCCGUCUUUUCUGCCUUCUGCUUGCUUGCCAUGGCCGUACCUCUCACACGACAAGCUCCUGUCUCUCCUCAACCUGCUCUUUCUGGGUCGUAGAAAGACAUACAUGCAUAUACAGUCAAAACAGGAUACACACUAUGGAGACUUGUGGAUACUUUCUAUGUGAAAAUGCGCACUUGUGCGGAGGUGUAUCGGUCAAUCGACAAAAUGACCUACACAAGACGGUGUCAACAGAUACGUAGUGAAUCGACAGACAGACAUAACGCCAUACAUGCUUUUGUUGCCUGCAUCGUUAUGCACAAUUUAUCCAGAUUUAUCCAUAUUUAUAUGUAUUUAUCCAUAAUUUUCCACAUUUAUCCAUAAUUAUACAUAUGUAUAUAUGUAUAUGUGUAUACAUUUACAUACAUAAAUAAAUAAAUAUAUAUAUAUAUAUACACUAUGUGUUUGGACGGAAGCGAGGACGAAGAGGGGAUGUGGAAAAGAGGAGAGAAAAGACGCGAAAUGCGCGAUGGAGACGCAGAGACAGCUGAGGAAGGAUUGGAGAUUCGAGAAACAGCCUUCGGCCUAGAGCAGCGCGCGGUGUACAGACACUUGGACCGGCGGCACGAAGAAAUCGACGACUCUGUUUUCCUUCCUUCUGCCUUCGACCUCUCCUGUCGCCGCCUGCCCCAGGGGUCGCUCUUUUACAGUCCUCUUCGAACGACUGUCUCUUCCUCGCACCACAGACAUCUGGAGAGGACAGCGAGAGGCAAGAGCUGCAGGAAAGGCACACAGGUGGAGGCAGACGCCGGAGAACAAGAAGAAGGAGAACAGAGAGAAGAAGAAGGAGAAGAUGGAGAAGAAGAGAGAGGGGAGUGGAGCGAGAGAUCAGCGAGGUCUUCGCAUUUGGUGGACCACUGCGGGGAGACAGCGAUGGUGAGUUUGUUGAUUGUGGGCGACCAAAAUGCAGGGAAGAGCACUUUUCUGCAUGCGUUUUGCCGAGACCGUCUCGGCGCUCGCUUCCUCCAGCUCACGUCUUUCCUCCCCUUCCUUCAAGCUUCCUUUUCGAACGCGCGUCUCAUUUUCCUGAGAGAACAGGACUUCCAAGAAAAAGGACAGCCGCGAAGGAAACAAGAGACCGCGAACGAAGACAGCCGACGCAGCGAUGUGCUUCCUGAGGAGAGAAAACCAUCGCAGAACAACUGCACUCAACCUGAUCCCUUCAGUUCUUCUUCUCCGUCUUCUUCAUCUUCGCCGCCUUUAUCUUCCUCUUCGCUCGAGCCUCCCGCCUCUGCUUUGUUGUCUGUUUGUCGAGAUGAACAGCCUUUCUUGGACAGCGACGUCGCGCGUGCUCUCGUUCUCUUCACUUUGGAGGACUUCCUGUUCUUCUGCUCCGAGUUUUCAGUUCCAUUCACUGUUUCCUCCCCGUCUCCCUCUUCGAUUUCUCCUUCGCCUUCUUCUUCCGGGUCUCUGCUCUUCUCGGCGUCGACGCGAUACGUCGCGCUGCAUCUGCUGGAGCUAGGAGGAGACCACUUGGAUCGCCUGCUUCACUUUUUUGCGGCUCUCCGGAGCUCAGAAGACGCGGAGCUCCCUCCGACAUCAAGGGACGACGAAGAGCCAGCACUCGACGCCGCUAGACAGCUGCUGAGAGAAGAAAAAACGUUUUUCAAAAGAGUCUUCAACAACGCGGCAGAGGGGCUCUUCGGAGACCACCGCCUGCUCCGCCUGUCAGCGACGAAAGAACGAGAACGAGCAGACGAAGAGACGGGGGAAAGGGAGGACAAGGAAGAAAAGGAAGAAAAGGAAGAAAAGGAAGAAAAGGAGGAAAAGGAAGGAGAACAGAGGGGAGAAAACGGAGACGAAGAAGACCGCAAUGCGCAAGAGCUUCUUCGACUGCUGCGUAGAUCCGCGGAGCUGGUUGGAGAUGCCGAGCAGAUUGUCUACUUUGUCAAUUGCCGGUGUUUGUUUCCUCGGCUCGAUUCACGAAAGAAAGAGGAGGGACAUGAAGCAGGUCCGCCGAGCACAGAGGCUUCAAGAGACAGGGACGACGCAGCCGGCAAAACGUCUGGAGAAACGACCGGAAAAAGCAGCCUGCCGUCUUCUCGGCCUUCGUCUCAAGCUCGUCACGGUGCCGAUUCUUGUUUCUCUUCCUGUUCUCGUUCUUCCCUUUCUUCCUUUGGGCUGUUGAGUGUCGAGGGAUUCGCGUCGCUGCUGCGGAAGCUGCAUGCUCUGGCGACUGUUCAGAGUCUCUCGCGAGAGGAUUCGUUUCUCUCUUCGCCGUCGGCCUCUGUUCCUCGUCAAGGCCUCGUCUUCGCAUGCAGUCGGCUGCCAGACUCUAGCGACCGGAACAGUGUCCCACCUCGUCGUGCGUCUCCCCUUCCUUCUUCCUCUCAUGCUUCCUCGCCUUCUUGUUCUUCCUCGCCUUCUUGUUCUUCUCUCUCUUCUUCUUCGCCGUGGUUCCGCGAGAAUUUCCGGAGGGCACUGAAGGCCGUGCGCUGCGUCUCUCGCGCGCCAGAAGGCUCCGCCAGUGGGCGUCGAAAUGAAGGAGACAGCGAAGCAGAAAGGAAAGGAGGACGAGAAGAACGAGAAGGACGAGAAGAAGAAGAUGAUGAUGAUGAGUUGUAUGCGGAAUUCGAGAGGAUCGUGGAGAGCGUAAAACGGAAGGGCAUCUCUUGGCUGGAAGGUGGAGAAGCUUCAAUGCACGGCGGAGACAACGGUGAAGGGGACGCAGCGCGAAGACGAAGAGAAGAAGAAGCAAGGAGGAAAGAAGAAGAGUCGUGGAGGCCAUUUGAAGAAGACGAGACAACCGGAGAGGUGUGGGUUCGCGCGAGAAAAGAAGAGGAACAGCGUCUGUAUCACCACCCGGUCUUUCUCUUUCUUUCCGCGUUCUUCUCCUUCCUUUGGUUUCGUCGACAGCUGAACGAUCGUCCGUCUCUCUCCACCCGUCGGCGCAUGCAAAGGUGCUCAUGCAACUAUUCUCUCACCUGUGUAUCGCGUUUCCACCUGCGUGGAGUCUUCCCUCUUCGACUUCUCACAGAAGAACAGACACCCUGUCUCUCUUCUCCUUCUCUUCCUUCUCCUCUACCUUCUCCUCCUUUGUCUCCUCCUUCUUCCUAUUCUUCUUUAGCUCCUGUCUCUACUGUUUCUGGAUCUGCUGCGUCGUCGGUCCAUCCUCCCUUUUCUGUGGCGAGUCUGGUGAGAUUUCUCGUGUGUCUUCUUCAGUGCUUUUGUCAGGAAACAGCUUCCUCUGUGUUUUCGCGUCAAGUCGGCAAGAGGCAGCAAUUGCCAGGACUCCCUCCGUCUGCUCUGUCUCCGUCAAAGGGAGAAAGGGGAGGCGCGGGAGAGAACGAAGGAACGGCAGCAGACCCAAGACCCGAGGAAGGGGAAGAAAAAGACGCGGAAAGCAAAAACGGAGAGGACAAGAGAGGUGAUGAAGAGGGAGGUAGAGAUGAACAGGAAGGGAGAGAGGGAGACAGAGAGGACGCAGGGCUCCGUCAGGACGCCUGUCGAGCUACUGCGUUGACUGGUCCUGCGUUGACUGGCGAGCUGGGGAGGCUGACGCUCCUCGCUUUUCUCCGAGUAGCUGAACAACUGAGAAGAGGAGCUAGACCUUACUCAACACCGACUUCUCUUUCUUCUCCCUCUUCUUCUCUCCCCCACUCUGUGGUGGAUUUAUGGAUCUCGGGGGUCGACGUCGCGGAGGCUCUAGAAGAGGACCACGACUACCACGGCUCGAGAUGUGAGAAAGCAAGCGAAGAAGGAGAAGAAGACUUCCUUCCCCCCCGAACAGUUUUAAACGCUUUUCCUCUUCUUGCACGGGGCCUCGUCGGAAUCUCCGCUGCCUCGCCGUUCUCCCCUCUGUCGGAACCUUUCCCUCCCGUUGCUCUCGAGCUGCGGUGGGCAGCAGAAGCGGAGAGAGAAGAAGAGAGAGAAGAGAGAGAAGCAGGAGAGGGAGGAAGAGGGGAGCCAGGACAAGCAAUUGUGGCCUGCACUGGAGAUCCUAAGGAGAGGAAAAGGAGAAUGCGGUCCUUGCUGGUUGUGCCUCUGCGGCGCACACUGUCUUUCUCGCUAGGUUCGUCUUCCUCUUCUUCUUCGUGUACGCCUCUGUCUGAAGGGUCGUUCUUGGCUAUUCGGAUGCCCUUCCACUCGGAUUUCUUUCGUCUUCUUCUCGCUCGUCUCCGACGCAACGCUCGCUGCGGUCCUCUGCCUCCGCGCUUUUGGACGGGAUGGGGAGAGGCUGCUUCGCUUGGCUCUGGAAGACAGGGAACAGCGACAAGGCAAGAGUCAGGAAGCAGAAAAGAUGAAAGACUUAGAAAAACGGAGAAAACACCGCGGUCUGCAGGGAGAGAAAGACACGGGAAGCGAGACGAAAAGGACGGCGGGAGAGACCUUCUGGAAACGAGACAGGGACAGGAAAGCCGUGACGAAGCACGAGGACCCGACACAAGCAGAGAAGGAGCAGAGGAAGAAGCAAAGGGGGAGAUGGAUCGAGGGGAAGGAACGAAAGAACGAAGUGACACAGAAGAAAAAUGUGAAAAGGAAGAAAGGACAGAGGGUGGAGAGCUUGGGGAAAAGAAGACGAAAGAAUUACCGGAAAUGCUGCACUGGAAUGGAGACGAUGCUUUGAUCAGGCGCGCUGUCGGAGCUGCUGUGCAGAAGCAAAUUCGUCAGCUUGGCUCGCGUCUUUCCUCUUUGUUUGAAAAACGAAGUGAAGAGAAAAAAACAGAACUUCUUCAGCAACUGGACACAGGCAAAGGCCUUACUCAGGAACGUCGCUCUGGCGUUCGAAGCAGAGAAAGAGAGGGGAACGCAGAGACAGAAAAGGAAAAGCAGGGAGAAGAAAAGGAGAAAGGAGAGGAAGAGAAAGGAGUGAAGGGAGAAGAAAGAGGCAGAGUCAUUUCUUCUCUUGUGCACAGCAUUUGCGAUGAAGCACACAUCCUCAUGCAGCUUGUAGGGGAUCUCGCGCUUCUCGGGAGCUUUCACGGUACAAACGAACGAGAGGUCGGAGAAACUGACCACCAGGCAAGCGAAGCGGAAACGAAGGAAGAACAAGGAGUAGAAGAAGAAAGAGAAGAAAGAAAAGAAAGAAAAGAAAGAGAAGGGAAGUCAGUAUCGUGGACAGUCGAGCGGUGGAGGCCGUGUGUGGAGGCGGACGGGGGCUGGAAGAAAGUUGUGUUUUUCCUGUCGUCUCCGCAAGCGCGAGAGGCAAGAGAGAGAAGCGAGGAAGGGAUACCGAGAGGAGACCGAGAAAGACCCUCCACGUGGAUCCACGGACUGGAUGCGCUGUUGAAAGAAAUGGUGCAAGGAACGGAACGAAGCAGGGAGAGUGGCGGAAAGAGGAGUUCUCGUCUUUCCUGCAGAUUUGCGCGAAGCGGCAACAACCACGGCGGAGACGCAGCGACGGAGAGCAGCGCAAACGAAGACUCUCGGAAGGUCAAGGAAGACAACUGUCACGAACGGCAGGAAAGAAGGAGAGAAGAGAACGGAGCAGCAGACGAUGGAGGAAGAGAGAACGGAGAAGGAGACAGGGGAGGAGAAAGAAAGAAAGGAGACGCAGAAAAGAGAGGAAAAGGAGAAGGAGAGAGAGGAGAGUGUCUAACACUGUUGCUGCGUGAACUGUGGGAGAAAGAAGGUCUGCGAGUUUACUCUUGCGGUUGUCAACCGAUCGAAGGAUACAGCGAAGCAAGAGAGCGGAAAGGGGGAUAGAAGAGCUGUGUCAGGAAGCCAAAGAAUAUACGCUGCGCUGAAGUGUAGGAACAGGAUGAGUUCAACACCGGCGGGAACGUGUAUCGAGAGAGGUAGACACAGAGACAGAGAGAGAGGGACAGAGAAAGGCAUUUGUAGAAGGGAGAGAGGAGGAAGAAAGUAAAAACGAAGAGGAAAAUGCAGCUUGCUAGUCACUUUCUCGUGUCGAAGAAGAAAGUCGAUGUGACUGUUGAGUUUAAGCCACUUCGGCGUCUUGUUCGUGUCUGCGGUUUUCCAAGCAGGUUUGUGCUCACUUCUGAGUUACCCUAUUUUUCCAGUUCCGAAUUUUUCGUCAGAAUGCCUCCACGUGAAAGCCUUCUCUUGUUCAUCUUCCUUGUCUGUCCUUCUCUGCCGUCCUCGGAUUCUCUGUCCUAUCUGUGUCUCGACCGAAGCGCAUGCACCGAAACGAGAAGUACCUUACAUGUGGAGUUCUUCUAAGAACAGCCCAAUAUACAUAGG